AUGAAGUACUCUACCAGCCUCACCCUCGCCGCCGCCGGCCUUGUCUCUGCCGCCCCUGCCAUGCAGAAGCGUGCCUCUGAGCUCAACGAUGGAGUCAUCCUCAACUACGCUCUUACUCUCGAGCACCUCGAGAACAACUUCUACAAGCAGGGUCUCUCCAACUUCACCGAGCAGGACUUUGCCGAUGCCGGUUACGACUCUACCUUCUACACCAACAUCAAGGAGGUCUCUAGCGAUGAGACCACUCACGUUGACUUCCUCACCAAGGCUCUCAAGGCUGCUGGUGUCACACCCGUCGCCGAGUGCACUUACAGCUUUGGUGUCACUGAUGUCAAGAGCUUCCUCGCUACCGCUUCCAUCCUCGAGGGCGUUGGUGUCUCUGCCUACCUCGGUGCUGCUGCCGACAUCAUGAGCAAGACCUACCUCACAGCCGCCGGCUCCAUCCUUACCGUCGAGGCUCGCCACUCGUCUUACAUCCGCGCUGGCCUCAAGCAGGUUCCCUUCCCCCAGCCCUUCGACGCUCCCCUGACCUACAACGAGGUCUACUCCCUGGCCUCCGGCUUCAUCACCGGCUGCCCCAAGGACAACCCUGCCCUGCCCGUCAAGGCUUUCCCCGCCCUGGCCGCUGCGGCUUCCAAGGACGCGAUCAAGACUGGUAGCACCGUCACCCUCCAGACCCCUGGAUAUACUCUUGAGGGUGCCAAGGGCCAGCAGGUCUACGCUGCCUUCAUUGCCGUUACCGGCCCUACCUUUGUCGAGGCUACCGCUGUCGACGGUGGUUUCACUGUUGAGAUCCCUGAGGGUUUCGCUGGACAGACCUACGUCGUCCUCACCAGCUGCAAGGAUGUUGUCUCUGACGACACUGUCGCUGCCGGCCCUGCCAUCAUUGAGAUCUCCAGCUAA